AUGGCUUCUAGACUUGACCGACUCGUCACCUUACUGGAGACGGGCAGCACACAACUAAUUCGCAAUACUGCCGCAACCCAAUUAGCCGAUGUUCAAAAGGCUCAUCCUGAAGAGCUAUUUAACCUCCUCACCAGAGUUGUCCCAUAUCUACGUCACAAGACCUGGGACACUCGAAUAGCUGCGUCGAAAGCGUUAGGAGGAAUUGUAGAUAACGCUGAGAAAUACGAUCCAAAUUCCGGCGAUGGAUCAAUCAAAAAGGACCCCAAGAAAGAGGAAAAUGGGGACUCCAUCAAAAAAGAGGAAUACAUUGAUGAGAUUCCUCUUGCCGAGGGCCAACUGAGCCUCAACGGCCUUGAUAUCGUUUCGGUCCUGAAGUAUGGAAAGGAGCUCUUAAGAGGUGGGGGCAAAGAGAUCGACUAUGCUCUCGCCCGCCUAGACCCUGCGCAACGCCUUACCCAUCAGAAGAAGACCCUCGCUGGCCGGCUGGGGUUUCUAGGGGAAUAUUCUGACGAUGAUAUGGAUUUUGAAUUCAUCAAGCCAAAUGAAGCUCCAAUUCCCCAAGCUUCUACAAGCGGGUCCGACGCUAAGAGCAUCUCAAAAGGAGCAGCGACUCCUGCUGAGGAAGUCGGGCUUAGUGCGAGGCAACUCAAUCAACUGAAGAGAAAACGGAAACGAGAGGCUCAGAACGCUGGAAGUAAAAAUAGGCUCGUCGAUUUAUCUAUCCGACGCAGCAGUACGAUGGGGUCAAGCGAGGACAGAGACGUCACUAUGUCCGACAUAACCGGCGACGAUUUACCUCCGACUGGGCCAAAUGGCGUUUCGGAUUACUUUUCGGUGGAGAGAACAGGCGACGUCGACGAAGACUCGAAAGUUGUGUCCGAAUUUAAGGGCCCGGUACUACCUAUCAAAUCUGAACUGGAGGCUGAAGAAGAAGCCGAAGGAGUAGAGUGGCCCUACGAACGCCUCUGUGACUUCCUAAUGGUGGAUCUCUUCGAUCCCCAAUGGGAAACACGUCAUGGCGCUGCUAUGGGCCUACGAGAGAUCAUUCGAGUGCACGGCGGAGGCGCAGGCCGAGUGCGGGGGAAAACUCGGAUAGAGAACGAUGCCUUAAAUCAGCGCUGGCUUGAUGACCUUGCCUGCCGAUUGUGCUGCGUCUUCAUGCUCGACAGGUUUGGUGACUACGUUUCUGAUACCGUCGUUGCACCAAUUAGAGAAACAGUCGGCCAGACUCUCGGCGCUCUCCUCAUUCAUCUUCCUGCAAACAGUGUUUACGCCGUGCAUCGAAUAUUAUAUCGAAUGGUCAUGCAAGAGGACCUUCAGCUUACAAAGCCCGGAUGGGCUAUAUGUCACGGCGGUAUGAUUGGGCUCCGUUACCUGGUCGCUGUCCGAAAUGAUCUUUUGCUCGGAGAUAGCGACCUCAUAGAUGGGGUCAUCCGAGCUGUCAUGAAGGGUCUCGGCGACUGGGAUGAUGAUGUUCGCUCUGUCAGUGCUGCAACUUUAAUCCCAAUCGCUAAAGAGUUCGUCAACCUUCGCCCAGAGGCAUUGGAUGGCCUGAUCAAUAUUGUUUGGGAAUGUCUUUCCAAUCUUGGUGAUGAUCUGAGUGCUAGUACCGGUCAGAUCAUGGACUUGCUGGCCAAGCUUUGCAGUUUCCCAGAAGUCUUGGUAGCUAUGAAGAAGAAUGCAGCAAAAGACUCGGAACGCUCUUUCGCUCUUCUAGUCCCGCGACUAUACCCAUUCUUACGCCAUACAAUCACUUCUGUCAGAUCAGCAGUACUAAGGGCCCUAAUGACGUUCGUCAAUAUCGAGGGCGAGGGUACUCGAGAUUGGUUGAAUGGCAAAAUCAUGCGAUUAAUCUUCCAGAAUAUUCUUGUUGAACGGAACCAGGACACUCUGAAUCUCUCAUUACAAGUUUGGAAGUCCUUGGUGACUUAUCUUGCCAAAGAACCGGAUGAUCUGGCAGAGCAGUUUUCAGCACACAUCGAUCCUCUAAUGCAACUCACACUCCACCCUAUUGGUGUCUCCCGCCAUCCUCUACCCAUGAAUGCAACCCUAUUUCAGAAGCCAUCUGGUAGCACAUACACCAUGCCGAGUGGUAUUGUUGUGACAACGAUACGACCAGUAUCACCAUCGACAGAACCUCCACCAAAGAAACAGCGUCGGAAGUCUACUAAACCUGUGGAGCCUGUUCCUACUACCUCAUCACAUGAUGUUGAUGGUCAUAUGAUGCAAGGAGAUGUGGAUCUAGUUGGAAUGGAGAUUUUGAUAAGGUCUCGUAUUUCGGCAGCCCGUGCAAUGGGUCUCAUCAUGUCACUUGUCCCAGCCAACGUUCUUGAAGCAUACGAUGCAAGCAUUGUUCCUGCCAUGUCUUCUGCGUUCUCUUCAACACAACUUACUGCAUCUCUAAUCAUCGAUGAAUACGCACAGAAUUGCACGUCAAAAGACCAACCCAAACGAUUUGUCGAGCCACUCACAAAGAUUAUCGAGACGGAUUCUCCACUCCAUUAUAGAGAUCUUGUGAGUUACACGCAACUUGUGCGCGCUCAAUGCUCCCAGCUCUUAAACACCUUCCGAGAUGUUGGUAAGGUGUCUCAAGGACGACUACCUACUCUUGCAGUAGUUGUCCAAGGGGAACCCGAAGCAGGCCCAGAUGCAUUCUCCAUCCAAACCGCAGACAAAUGUGUCAACGAAGACUUUGACAGGCUUAAGAAAGCACUUGCUCCUGGUCAGCGGUUGAUUGCAACUGAUUCCUUGACCGAAGCGCGCAAUAGUGUCGUCGAGGUUAUCGAAAAUGCCAAGUCAAUCAAGGAGCAACGCGAUGUUCGCAUCAAGGGUGCGGCAGCCAGCGCAUUGGUCUCGCUGAAGGUGUCCCCAAAGAGGCCCACGCACAUAAUCAAGGGAAUGAUGGACAGUGUGAAAAGGGAAGAUAAUGUUGAACUACAGCAACGUUCUGCCGCAUCUGUUGCCCGACUUAUCGAACUAUUUGCGGAAGGCGGCCGCACUGGACCAGCGCAGAAAGUCGUGGGAAACUUGGCCAAGUUUAGUUGUAUUGACACGUCCGAAACACCCGAGUUUUCACCAAACGCUGGUCUCACAAGUGCAAUCUUAUCUCUUCGCAAGGAAGAGGAUCGUAGAGACCACCCAGAUGCCGCAAAGUUUGCCAAAGAAGCCAAGGAUGCCCGCAUUAUCAGGAGAGGUGCUAAGGAAGCAUUGGAGCAACUGUCCAGUAUAUUCGGUGCCAAUCUCCUUGAGAAGGUGCCAAAGCUCAAGUCAAUCAUGGAAGAUCCACUUCGAUACGCUUUCUCUGGAGAUCUGCCAGCCGAUACAAAAGAUCCGGAACAGGAGACUGGUCAAGCAGCCAUAGACGGCAUGUCUGUACUCAGAGCUCUGACACCUACUCUACACACCGAUCUCCAUCCCUUCGUCAUCAAUCUACUUCCUCUGGUUAUCAAGGCACUUCAUUCGGACCUAUCUGUGUUCAGAUAUAUGGCCGCCAAGUGCCUGGCGACGGUAUGCUCAGUCAUCACUAUUGAAGGUAUGACUAUGUUAGUUGAGAAGGUCUUACCGUCAAUCAGCAAUCCAGUCGACAUCAACUUCCGUCAAGGUGCGAUUGAAUCAAUUUACCAUCUCAUUCAUGUAAUGGGCGAUGGUAUUCUACCUUAUGUGAUCUUCCUCAUCGUGCCAGUCCUUGGUCGUAUGAGUGAUUCCGAUAACGAUGUUCGUCUUAUUGCGACGACAACAUUUGCAACUCUUGUCAAGCUCGUCCCCCUCGAAGCAGGAAUUCCAGAUCCUCCCGGAUUGUCGCGAGAGCUCUUGAAGGGACGUGAUCGCGAGCGAACUUUCAUUGCUCAACUUCUAGAUCCCCACAAAGUUGAGCCCUUCAUUAUUCCUGUGGCAAUCAAGGCAGAGCUUCGAUCAUAUCAGCAAGAGGGUGUCAAUUGGCUCAAUUUCUUGAACAAGUAUCAUCUCCACGGUAUUCUGUGUGAUGACAUGGGUCUCGGCAAGACUUUGCAGACGCUCUGUAUCGUUGCAAGUGAUCAUCACUUACGAGCGGAAGAGUUUGCGAAGACUGGAGCUACUGAUGUCCGAAGACUGCCUUCUCUCAUCGUCUGUCCUCCAACCUUAUCUGGUCAUUGGCAGCAAGAGAUUAAAACAUAUGCACCAUUCCUUUCCUGCACAGCGUACGUUGGCCCGCCUGCUGAUCGUGCGCGCUUGAGGGACCAGCUUGACAAGACGGAUAUUAUCAUUACAUCUUAUGACAUUUGCCGUAAUGAUGCUGAUGUUCUCACCCCUCUCAACUGGAACUACUUGGUGCUCGAUGAAGGUCACUUGAUUAAGAAUCCUCGAGCGAAGGUUACCCUGGCUGUAAAGCGACUUCUCAGCAACCAUCGCCUUAUCCUGUCGGGUACUCCAAUUCAGAACAACGUCUUGGAGCUUUGGUCUCUUUUUGACUUCCUUAUGCCAGGCUUCUUGGGAGCAGAAAAGGUCUUCCUCGACCGCUUCGCCAAACCUAUCGCUGCAAGCCGUUAUAGCAAGUCAUCGUCCAAAGAACAGGAAGCUGGUGCUCUUGCAAUCGAGGCACUGCACAAGCAAGUUUUGCCAUUCUUGUUGCGCCGUCUCAAGGAAGAAGUCCUUGAUGACUUGCCACCAAAGAUCUUACAAAACUACUAUUGUGAUCUCAGCGACCUGCAGAAGAAGCUUUUUGACGACUUUACGAAGAAGGAAGGGAAAACCCUCGCGGAGAAGGCUUCGGCGGGUGACAAAGAAGCGAAGCAACACAUCUUCCAAGCCCUGCAGUACAUGCGCAAGCUCUGUAACUCUCCCGCGCUUGUAAUGAAAGAAGGCCACAAGCAGUACGAGGAAACGCAAAAAAUGCUCGCAAAACAAAACAGCAGUCUUCGCGAUCCCAUCCACGCGCCAAAACUCACCGCUCUUCGUGAUCUACUUGUGGACUGCGGUAUUGGUACUGAGCCAUCUUCCGAAAAUGAUCUCACCACCGAAACUUCUUACGUGUCACCUCAUCGAGCACUCAUUUUCUGCCAGAUGAAAGAGAUGCUGGAUAUGGUUCAGAAUGAUGUUCUUAAGAAGAUGCUUCCUUCAGUCCAGUUUCUCCGCAUGGAUGGAUCCGUUGAUGCCAGCAAACGUCAAGAUAUCGUCAAUAAAUUCAACUCGGAUCCUUCAUAUGAUGUCUUACUCUUGACUACGAGUGUCGGAGGCUUGGGUUUGAACUUGACUGGUGCAGAUACAGUUAUCUUUGUGGAGCAUGAUUGGAAUCCGCAGAAGGAUUUGCAAGCUAUGGACCGCGCGCAUCGUAUCGGUCAAAAGAAGGUCGUUAACGUGUACCGGUUGAUCACCAGAGGGACCUUGGAAGAGAAGAUCAUGUCACUCCAACGCUUCAAGAUCGAUGUAGCAUCUACAGUAGUGAAUCAACAAAACGCCGGCCUGGGAACCAUGGAAACAGAUCAAAUUCUCGACCUCUUCAACCUUGGCGAAACAGCCGAAGGCCUCGAUAAACCUACACUCAAUGGCGGCACAGAAGUCGAUCGCGAAGAAGACAUGGUAGAUGCCACUGGGGAAGUGAGAGAGAAGGGCAAGAAGGGCUGGCUAGAUGAUCUAGGCGAGCUCUGGGACGAUAAACAAUACGAAGAGGAGUUUAACUUGGACGGGUUCUUAAAGAAUAUGCAUCAAUAG